CUGUCAUUCUCAGACCGUCUGCUGCUCGCUGACGUCAUUAGUUAUUUUAAUUUACUUCUUCUCACAAAUCGUGUCGGAUUUAUUAAAUUCAGGCGGAAACAAGUCUCCGUUAGCAAUCGUAAAUCAAUUACUCUCCCAAAAUGGCAUCAGCACCCGAUACCAAAGCGGCUGAGGCUGAUAACGUCGGCGAGGCUUCUGGUUUUGUGAGCGAUAUUUUCAAAAUUUGUAGUCCUGUGAAUUUGUUGUUGACUGCUAUUAUUUUCUUUUUGGCAUACAAAAUAUACAGUAAAUUUACAAAGUCGUCUACCGACUCGAGUGUGGUGGAGCUUCCGAAGUUACGGAAGGAUAUGACAGUGUCUGAGUUGCGGCAAUACGAUGGAACUCAGCCAGACGGCAGAGUGCUAGUGGCGGUGAAUGGGUGGAUAUUCGACGCGACGAGGGGACGCCGCUUCUACGGACCCGGAGGCCCAUAUGCAGCGUUUGGUGGCAAAGAUGCUUCACGGGGUCUGGCCACCUUCUGUGUCACUUCGUCAGAUAAGGAGUAUGAUGACCUGAGCGAUCUCAACUCCAUGGAAAUGGAAUCUGUAAAGGAGUGGGAGGCACAGUUUAGAGAAAAGUACGACCUCGUGGGGCGUCUGUUGAAGCCUGGCGAGGAGCCCACAAACUACUCGGAUGAGGAGCCCGAAGACACCGACCACUCCAGCAGCACGCCCUCCGACAAGAAGCAAGACUAAACCCCGCCUUCCGAGGCUGCAUUCGUCCGUACCUUCCACUUGCCUUAACCUAUCUGAAUUUGAUAAACCGACUUCACAUUUGAUACCUGGCCCUUUGGAUAACCAGGAGCGUAGCGCCGUAUAAAUGAAACGUUUAACAACAAAAAUAAACGUCAUUUAGGGCCCAUCUAAGGUACACUACAGCACUAUAAAUCGAUUCAUCUACGAAGACGCGCCCCACCAAUUUUUGGUUGAGGGAAGCGCGGGGUGCGGGGAGUUUGAUCCGAGCAAUCCGAGCGUCAUUAUUGUAGUGUGCGUGUGCACUCACGGAAAAUUUAGCGUGUACCGAUAACACUCAAACAUUUGCGGAAGAAUGGUGGGGCGUCUUCGUGGAUGAAACGAUCUAUAAAAAUAGUACGUAACAGUUUAAAUGACGAAAUCGCUUCGCUUCGGUUUCUUGACGUGUCACUUGCUCCGUAAGCGAUUUCGAAAUAAAAACUGUCUCAAAUUUACUUUGUCUACGGGGCCCGAUACUUUUAGAUCAAAAUUCGUAUGUGGUUUGACCACUAGAGGAUUCUUUCAGGCGAAAGUCUCUUUUUUCUUGUUACGGGACAUGGAUAGAAAUGAGCAAUCUGGCUAGAUUUUAACACAUGAAAAGUAAUUAAGUCAUAUUCCAUAAUUUGCCGAUAAAGUUCCUGAUUUAUAUUGGAAUUCCUUGUGCUAAGGACCCAUUACGGUUCUUUGAUAUUUCUCUCCCGCUUUGAUACUUUGAUGGCUCCCAAUGGGCAAUAAAUUCAUAGCGAUGUCCGUGAGCGCGUAUAUUUUAUGAAACAAUGUGUAAUAAUGUUCAAUUCAACACACUGAAAAAUCUUAACGUAUUUCUGGUGUCAUGGCUGCGAGAGUACUUACGUAAAACUUGUAAAAAAAUAUAUCGCGCUUUCAACCUAUUGUUCACAUAUUAUUGUCUUUAGCAGGUAAAAAGAGAUGGUAUUUUUACAUAAAUCUGUAUUAGUGCCGAUAUAAAUUAUAGAAUGUCAAAUGCCUAUGAGAAUUUCAAUUUUAUCUUGUAGGUUUGCUCUCAACGAAGAUAUAAAUUUUAAAUAAGUUGUAACAUAUGUUUAGUAUUUUUUUUAACUGCGGGUCUACUCCAAACAACAUCCAUACCGUCCGAUUCAACUAUCCCUCUUUGUCAAAAGGCUGAGAGACAGAGACAGUCGCGAAAGUAGCGUUACGGAAGUAGCCCCGUCAAUUCAUAGUUUGUUUGAUGUGCUCCUUUUGGAUGUAUAAACUCUAUAAACAUAAUCCUUCAGUACAAAAAAUAAAGGCAGGAAAUUGGUAGGGAAUUUACAUCAAUUAUACAUUUCUAUCCAUAUUGAACGUCAAUUUUGCCAUGGAUAUAAUAUCAAGCACUACGCGCACGCUAGAUGCUUUUCUGAACAGUGCGCUUUAUUAAUUUAGCCUUCCAUCAUUCCCAUGUCCAUUCAGCUAUAAGGAGGAAAACUGAGCUAGGUAGUGUAGCUUUGUGAUACAUAAUAUUCUGAUUCUAUGAAAUGUCUUGUGGAGGAUCGCGCUAAGUCCGUGUUUAAUUUUUACUUCAACAUUAAAAUUAUUUAUCUUCGUUACGCGUAUGUUCAAAAGUGUCGUUUUGACCUUUGCUACCUAGACACAGUCUCGAGCUCACUUUAUGGUAAUUUUGAACACACUUGCGUAUUCAUACUGCCACUAUCCGUAUUUUUACGUAAAACACUUCUAAAAAUUGAACAUGCGGCUUUCACGAUCAGAUAAUUUUAAAUUGGAAGGCGUUGUCAAAUUCUAUUGUAUAUAUUUGUGAAAUCUACUGUUUUCAUUUCACUUACUGUUGCUUAUUGCAGAUUUUUGGAUAUAUUAUAAUGUAUUUACAGUUUCAUGAAUUGAAAGACUGAGUGAUGGCAUAUUAAUUUGAGUAAAUUAAUAGGGAUUAACAGAAAUUUAGUGUUGCACAUUCCUAUUUUGGUUGCAAAAUGUUAAUUUCGUGCCAACAUUGAAAAUUAUGUAAUCUAUUGUUUAGAUAUCCCUAAAAGCGAAGACUUUCAAAUGUUAAAAUAAUGGAUUAAUUAAGGAAGUGCAUGUGAUCAUAAUAUUUAUUCAAUGUUGGUUUUAUUCAAAGUAAAUCAACAAGUGAAAAUGAUAGAGAGAACUUGACGUUAAUGUAUGAGGCUUGUCAAGCGCACGACAAUGUAGGGAAAGAACUCCGUGUGAUGUAAUAGCCUUCCAACUAUGUAUGUGACUAAUGUAAAGGUACCUACUCGUGGUAGUAAUAAAAACCUUAUUGUUUACUUGUCAUGUUCAGAAACUAUGUACUAAUGUCUACUAGCACUUCUUUUAAACACCUUAUAAAAGGUAAUGAUUGUCUUAUUUAUGCCAGUCAUUUGACAAAACCAGUCAAAGCAAUGAAUUUUCAAUACAUAGUUGUUACAUUACACGCAAUUAUUUCCUUGAACGCGCUUGACUUUGCCUCCGGUCAUCAUCACACGUUUCGAAGUUGAGAAGCUAAAAUAACCAAUGAAAAUUAAUUUCAAAGUUUUCAAUACCUCCUUAGAUUUUAUGUUUGUGCCUUCACGGUGGUGGGGAUAGAUUCCACUGAAACGUCAAGCGGAUUUUUUGCUGUUAAACCAUAGAUUUGAUCUUAUUUUUGAAUUAAAAUUGUGUUAUUUUGCUUCUCAUCUUCAAUAAUAUAAUUUAGGUAGGAUACAGGAUAAGCAUUUGUAAUUGUAACUACUACUUCGGGACACGUAAACACUGACCUUGGCAUACAUCCCUGACUUACGGUACUUAAAACUUAGCAGUGUACGAUCAUGGUAUAAAUAUGUGUUGCAAGUGAAAAAAAAUCAUAAAAAAUAAAUCGUGCAUAAUAAUUAUGUAUAUGAACGUGUAUGUGUAAUUUAAAAGUGUGGGUCUCAACAUUUUUACAAGGUGUGUGAGUUUUAUACAUUUGUCCCUUUCGUUAAGGAUCUCGUAAGGGAUAUGAUAUUUGAGGCAAAUCAGCAUCGAUACAGCAUUAAGUCCCAACCACUCGCUUCAUGCAAAUGGCACAUCGCAUAGUUACAUAACAUUUGAUGCAACGCAAUGAUAAAUUAAUUUUACUAACAAGUACAAAAUUCACGAGCGCUUGCCUAAAAUAUCUAUUUCAUACGACAAAUCGUUUGUUAUAAUCAUUGUUCGUUGUUUUUUUUACAUUAGAUUAUGAUUGAUAGUGAUUUAAGGAUCCCCGUUGUAUAAUUCAUGUAUGGACUGGGGUUAUGAAUUUUGUUAUUCCUAUAUUUUUAAGUGCUUCGUAGUAAUUAUGUUGGCAUUCACAAAUUGCUGUUGUGUAAUGUUGAGGAACAAGCUUUAUAACGUUAAUCGAGUCUGAGUUUGUAUGUAAACACGUCAUGAUAUGAAUAAAAUGUAUGAGGGCAGGUUCAAACGUUUGUUCUUUUAGCCGUCGACCACGCACGGCUCUAUAAGACAAAUAUUUUGGGCUUGGUCUGUAAGAUGGUUGUUUCGGUCGACAGAUUCUCAGACCUAUUGCAAAUGUAUGAUGGAAUGUUCUAAACAUGGUCUAAGAACGCCUUAGUAUAGAUCAUGGCGUUAAUUAAACGAACAAUAGCUGAUGUACUAGCUUCGCUUCACACAGAACGAAGUGUUCGCGAUUAUAACAAUUUAACGGCUCAUACGUAAAACACUUAUUGCCGUCUAUUUUUGUAUUAUCUUUUUGCAACUUCGUAAACAAAUCAAAGAUCAAUGCGCACCUGUUGUUGCGUGCAAAAUCGUAUGUAUCGGCAUAGAUUGCCGGGAACAAUUUUACAUACAAUUGAGUCAACUCCGUUUAUUUAUUGAUUAUUACCGCUGGAGGUCGUUACCUUUUAAAAGUUUUUAUUGUUGAAUGUUGGUGGCUGUUGAAUAAAGCAGAAUAAUAUAAUAAUGGUUCGAGAACUGUUCAGACCCAGAUGUUUUAUCUUGUAGUAUAACAUUGUGAAUUAAAUUUACUUUACAGCACAGCAAAACGUUACUAAUUCUAAAAUUAACUAAAAUGUUUAUUUUAACAUUGUCACUUGAUUAAAGCGUUUUAUAUA